AUGUCUUUGAAGGGCUUGAGAUCAAACCCGCCUCUCCUUCACAAGCUAGUGCCAUCUACUAAAAUCGACCUUGCCAAGUCCAUCCGCCACUACAUGCAAUCAACUUUUCGCUUUGGGAAAGGAACUGUCUCUCCUCGCAGUUUAAAUAGAAUGCAAUCUCAGUUUACAAUUUGCAUGGACGACGCCUACGGUUACAAGAUUGGCACACAAGACUUCGACCCGGACACCAUUUUUCCUGAGAUUGUCACCCUCGGCAAUCAACUCUCCGCCAUUCUGCAAAAGCAACUCACACCCCUGCAAAAAAGUGAGUUCGAAAAUCACGUCCUCCAUUGCCUUGCCACUAUGGUGUAUGGAUCUAAUAUGAUCGCGCGCUGGAAGCGGUUCCAGAAUCACACUCAAGCUUUAUUGUAG